GGAGGAGGAGGAACUGAGCGGCUGGACGCCAGCAGCAGCGUGAGUGAGUAACAGCACCAGGCAGAGAGAGGCUGAGUGUGUGAAGAGAGAGAGAGGAUGAUAUCUUAAUUAUAGGCUUCUAUAAUUGUAUCCUGACCAAACUGAAGGUUUUUUUUCUCGAGGUAUUUGCUUUACAAACAGUUGUAUUUACUCGUUUGGUCGUGGUUGUUUGUUUUUUAAAGAAGAAACUAAAUUAUUUUGAAGAAAAACUGGAACGUUUUAUCUGAUGUUUAACACACAGACUUUUUUAUUUCAACAACACAGUUUUAAAGUUAUUUUAAAUUUUAAAGUUCAUAUUUUUCUUCAUAUUACUGAGCAGUGAUUUUUAGAAAUGUCAGUUUAGACAGUCGACAGGAGAUUAUUUUUACUUCACUUCAUGAUGCUGCUGGCUCUGCUCCUGGUUCUGAGUCUUUGCUCCGAGGCUCGAUCCUCCGAGCCGUCAUCAAUAACUAUCCAGUACCGGGUUUGGGAGGAGCAGCCGGCGGGAACUCAGGUCGGCCGGCUGGUGGACGACCUGCGUCAGAGGGACGAAGGUGGUCCUCUGGAGGAUUUCCAGGUGGUGGAACACGGGAAGGCCCUUCCCUUCUCCGUCAGCACUCGAAAUGGGGUCGUCUCCACCCAAGGCCGGCUGGAUAGGGAGGAGCUGUGCCGAGGGUCAGACCUGUGCGAGGUGGCCUUCAGCGUCCUCUACAGGAAAAGCGGCGCUGUGAACUGCCUGAGGGUUCGUGUGGAAGUGAUGGACCUGAACGACCACAGUCCCAGCUUCCCCGGUCCUCUGCAGGAGGUGGAGAUCUCUGAGACAGCCAGCCUCAGAAUGAGAAUCCCUCUAGACCGGGCGGUGGAUCCGGACGCGGGGCCCAACAGCCUCCAGACUUACUCGCUGUCCGUCAAUCAACACUUCGCCCUGGAUGUGACCGUGGGUCCAGAUGGGACAAAACAGGCAGAGCUGGUGGUUAUUAAAGAACUGGAUCGGGAGCUUCAGACCUCCUUCAACCUCACCCUGGUGGCAUGGGAUAAAGGGAACCCCCCCAGAUCUGGGAGCACAUUAGUCCGGGUUAACAUUCAGGACUCGAACGAUAACAGCCCAACGUUUGAGGACAGCAGUCCCACCGUGGAGCUACCUGAGGACACAACCCGGGGGACAACCAUCAUCAACCUCAAGGCCACGGACCCCGACCAGGGAGCCAAUGGGGAGGUGGAGUAUUCGCUCAGUAAGCACACACGUCCAGAGGUUCAGAGGCUCUUCUACGUGGAUCCACAAAAUGGAGCCGUGAGUCUCAGAGCGCCCCUGGACUUUGAGGCCCACUCCUCUUAUGAAGUGAUCGUACAGGCCCGAGAUCGCGGGCCCAACGCCAUCCCCUCGCACUGCAAACUGCACGUCAAGCUCAAAGACGUUAACGACAACGCGCCGCGGAUACACAUGACCUGGACUCCGCCCAACUCACCUGUGGCGACUGUGCUGGAGGGAGCGCAGGAGGACACGUUUCUGGCUCUGGUGAUGGUCUCCGAUGCAGAUUCAGGAGAAAACGGCAAAGUGAGAGCGCACAUUCAGCACGGAUCCGGCCCUUUCCGCCUCAAACGGAUCCACGGUGACAAUUACAUGAUCGUAACCAACGGCAGCCUGGACAGAGAGAAGGUUAUGCAGUAUAACAUCACGGUCCUGGCCCAGGAUUAUGGAGAUCCUCCGCUGUCUUGUAUUAAACACCUACCUGUCCAUGUUCUGGAUGAGAAUGACAAUGCCCCAGUGUUCUCCACCUCCCUCUAUAAGACUUCCUUCAAGGAGAACAAUGUCGCGGGCUACCACGCUCUCAAAGUGGAAGCCCACGACGUUGACCUGGAGCUCAGUGGAAGAGUUUCCUACUUCAUACCCAACUCCAAUGACAUGGAAACUGACACACAGUCUUUUUCCAUCCAUCCAACUAGUGGUGUCAUAAGCAUCCGGCGCCCUUUGGACUACGAGGAAUCGCGCACCUACUCCUUUAUCGUGGAGGCCGUCGACCACGGUCACCCGCCCCUCACCAGCACCGCGACCGUCCAGGUUGACGUCGAGGAUGUGAAUGACAACUACCCGGUCAUCAAGGAUCCGAAACCCAGGAAGGGUGUGGCCUCUUUGAGCGUACCCGUUGAUGCAGAGAAGGGGGAGAUUGUGACCGAGCUGGGGAACGACAUGGAGGAGGCAUCGACCGCUCUUCCCAUGAAUCACCCGAUCAGAGACGGACUCGUUGGGUUCCUCGCUUCCACCAUAAAGGCUGAAGACCCGGACUCGGGGCCCAAUGGAGAGCUGAAAUACCUGAUUACUGAUGGAAACCCCGACGGACUCUUCUGGUUGGACGAGGCUACAGGCCAGCUGUUUGUUAACACCACCAAUGCUACUGAGCUCAUCGGGAAAACCUUUAAGGUGGACGUCGCUGUAUCUGACAUGGGCACGCCCAGCCUGGUCACCGAGGUAACCCUGGAGGUGAGUUUCAUCAACCUCAAGGACCAUCUGAAGAACUCAUCACCUGGGAACCGCGGUCAGCUGAGCUUCACCAUGAUGAUGGCGAUCUGCCUGGGCGCUACGUGCCUGCUACUUCUGUUGGCCAUCGCUUUGGUGACGACGUUCUGCCGCCCCGAGAAACGGGACAACCGGGCUUACAACUGCAGACAGGCUGAAUCGACCUACACCCGCCAUCCCCGGCGCCCACAGAAGAACAUCAGAAAGUCAGACAUUCAGCUGAUUCCCGUCAUCCGGGGACGAAAGGAGGAGCUUUCUGAGGACGAGAGUGAAUCUCAGCCACUGGCUCCGCCUCCAAUAAUGUCAGAGGAUGUACAAACUGAGAGACAAUACACCUUAACUCAAUCAGCCAUGAACACGAGCUUCCAUUCUCAAGGUUACCCAGAGGGUGAUCCCGCUCAAACUGUCACCCAUCACUGCAGAACCCUUCGGAAACCCGGGAACAUUGAACUUGACGGCUCCUUGCCUCUGACUCCCGCCACGUCUUACCGGACUCUUCGGAAAGCCAGGAACCCGUCGUCGUCCUCUUCGCUUUCACAUUCGAGUACCUUAAAGCGCCAGGGUCACCCAGAGGGGGAAGGGGAGGAGCCUGCAUGUUCCGGAUCCCAGGCAACUCUCAGGAGGCCGAAGACCUCGGAGGGACGAGGCGGCCAAGACGCAGAACACCGGCAGAUGCUUCGAAACCUGGUCCGACUGUCCAUGGCUGCGUUUGGAGACUCCAUCGAGCUUUCCUCGGCUUCCCCAGAGGUGCAGCAGAUCUCCCAGCUCCUUUCCCUCCUCCGGCAGGGUCAGCUGCAGCCAAGGCCAAACUUCCGGGGGAACAAAUAUUCUCAUCGCAGAUAUGGAGGCCAGGACUGUUCUGAUUGGCAGAGCACCAAAGACAGUGGACACGGUGAAAGCGAGGCUGGAGAUGUGGACUGGGAACCAGGAAGAGACUCACCCAUAGACCCACAGCUGGAGGAGGGGCUCAACAACCUGCUCAACAACACUGAUGACGUCUUCUCGGAGGUCAACGACCCGGCCUGGAUGGCCAGACUCUCUCUCCCGCUCACUGGCGAUUACCACGACAACGUUUUUGUCCCCAAUGGGCCUCCGUCCCCAGAAACUGAGCUCCUUCCCCGGGACGCCCUGGACUCCUCGUCCUUCUCCACCUUUGGUAAAACUCCAGAGAAGGACGGCCCACUGGGCGGGACCCUCCUGUCUGAGGUCAGCACGCUGUUUGAGAUGCUGAUGACGCAGAAGGCCGACGCCCACCCCGGCCCUCGCCCGGACGUCCUGUACCGACUGUCUGCGGCGUACCGGCGCUCGCUGGGCCUGGACGGCGCCGCCACACCUGCAGCAGGCAACGCAGCGAGGAACUCUGGGAACACUGAGAAGAGGUCGGGCCCGGCUGCACCAUCAGGACGUUAUCAAUAAAUCUGUUCACUGAGCACCAGAAGAGACUGACAGCUCGGAACAGGAAGUGAACUGUUGGAAACUGUUUCAAUGAUUGUGAUUGAAAAGACUGAAACUGUAAAUAAUGAUAAAUAACAAUGAAAACGUAAACGUACAGGAUGUGUCACUUUCAACGCGUCUUGUGUCGAUACAGUGACGAGACUGGCGACUCCGACCAGGAUAAAAAGAUGUUGGUGUGGUUGAGCAGAGGUUGGUGAGAAUCAGCAAAACAAAAGGUAGAGAAACUGAAGAGCGGAUAGAUGUCACGAGUAGAGAUGAAACAUCACCGGGGUCCCACUAUGCCCCACCAUUAGUAUUACCGUUUAAGUUUUAAUUAUCACUAUAACCUUGGCUGAUUAACAUGGUUAAUUACUGCGGUUAAUUUGAGUCACGUUAGGUUCUGUACGGCAUCAACCAGCAACAGUCUCCCAGACGCUUGCAUGGCGAGCAACGUGGGUUUGUUUGUGUCGGGAAGACGGCGACAGUGCCGGACGAGAGCUGUGAUGUCAUCACACCUAGUCAGAUGUGUUGGACAUGUUUCUAUUUUAAUGAUUUAUUACUUUUUCAACAUUUUCCGCGAUAAUUCUGAUCACUAUAAUCGUGACACUACAUUUCUCUACUGUCUCAUGUCUAGUCAUGACACAGACAGACAACAGCUAAAGCUACAGAGAGCGACAGACGAUCUGAAGUGUUGGUUUAUACACUGAGUGACUUAUGAGGGAAUGAGGAGCAGGUGCACAGGUGUGUGUGGGGGAUCAGGUGACCAGAGGUGGUGAGGCAGCUACUGGACAGGUGGAGGAGGACGGGAGAGGUUGGUGAAGACGUCUGCAGUUGUUGAGCGUCCGUACACCGGUUCAUGAAUAUACUGUAGGUGUGUUGAAAAUGACAGAUCCUGUUAUUGACAUGGUGCUACAGCAUCAGGUGCUUCGAUUCAGGUUUUAAUCAACAGUAAAUGACUGGAAUCAAACAUCUGUUUGUUCCAGGAUAUUUACUCUGAAAAACAAGAAGGACAAAAAACAAAAAACACAGACAAUGAUUUGAUAGAAAAACAGGAAGUGAAGGGAGGAACUGAGCAGGAACUUCAAUAACAAAAAGAAUUUGUCUUAAACAGUGAAUCCAAACACUGGAAAUGUUUGUGGCUUCCUUGUUUCAGAUUAUCUCUCACCUGAAAUCACUGAACCUUUGUCUCCAUGUUUCCUAAUAAAGCUAAAUAAACCUCACUGUCGUUCAGACUUCGGUCGGCGGAGAGUGAGCCAGCGACCAGGGGGAAAUGUCUCUUUGUCUUUUUUUGUUUUUGCUCAAGACUAAACAACAACACAGAGCUGAAUGAAGGGAAGAGAAAGUGUUUGUUGUCUGAACUUCCUGUGUCCAGCAGCUCUGAAGUCAAAUAUUGGAAUAUUCCUGUGUAGGUAAGUUUAUUCAGGAUGUUGAAUUAUUCAGUUUGUCUCUUAAAUUAUUGGUUUAACUUCCAUCCAAAGUUUUUCUUAGUUGUAGUUUUCUUGACUGUAAUUUGGAAACCAGAUGAACAGCACUUUGUACAAAGUCUUUUGUAAAACCUUUGAAAAAAAAAAAAAAACUGUAUCAAUAUUUUUGUGUCA